AUGAUGUUGCCGUUGAGCCCAGCUCCCGUAUAUGGGAGGAAAUGGCCGGAUGGAACACUUCCGGUCCGAGUCCUCCCAAUAGUGGAAGAGCCCGACGAGUCGGCGCAGAGCACAAGUUCAUCACAAGACCGAGUCCUGUGCGGACGCAUCACAAGGAACAAGGUGGUCAAGUCAGCCACAAAGAUGAAAAUUGAUGAAAGCCCAAAGGUAUCUGUAGAUGAGUGCUUUUUGUUCUUGGGGUACCAAUUUGGCGCCAACCCAGAAGAGAUCCAAAGAUACGUUCGCGAAGCAAGAAAGCAUCCACGGCGAUCUUUGCGCAAAUCACUUGGAUCCGGGGGAGGCCGCGAUAGCAAUGGGACUCCAGAGAAAGGCACGAUGAUGACGACUGCAGAGAUCCCCAUUCCUAUUUGCUUGCAUGUCUCAUUCAAAUCGCUGAAGUCAAAUGCCUCCGUGGCGCCGACGGUCAUGAUAGCGCAGCAGGAUCUGCCUGAUAUAGGCGCACUCUGUGUACGGCCGAGGGACGAACUCUCAGAAGCCAUUGGGAAUCAGCUUUUCGAGACAAAGCAUCCAAAGAAAUGGGUCUUCGAGAGCAAGGCUGAUGACAACGCUUUCUACAGGAGGGGCGGAAAUUUUUCGGAGGAGACGAGACAUGUCAAGGUUGCAAAACUGACGCAGGAGGAAAAGGCGAGCCAGGAAAUGGUGAACUGUGGUGACGCAGCUUGCAACAAUGAACCCGAGACCCCAGAACAGCCUUUGUCGGAGGAAGCUGCUAUCGAUGGAUUCGUGGAGAUCUACUUUUAG